AGGCAGCUGAGCAGCUAACCAACUAAUCAGGCAAUAAGUUACUUCAGUGAGCUUCUUGACAUUCAACAGUGCGGAUCGUUUUUUGUGGAGCGAUUGUGAUCUGAUAAAUACAUAUAUCGAAAAAGAAAUGGCGCUACGUAUUGUCUUCACAAUGCCCGUGAGCCGGGCUAUAAGCCAAACUCUCGUGCGUGCCAUGUCCUCACAGGCGGUGGCCUCCAAGAAUGUCGGUUUCAUUGGACUCGGCAAUAUGGGCGGUCACAUGGCGAGCAAUUUGAUUAAGCAAGGACACAAACUACAUGUUUUUGAUAUUUCCAAAGAUGCCUGCAACAACUUGAAGUCCAAGGGCGCUACUGUUUACGAUAAGACCACCGAUUUGGCCAAGAACUCGGAUUUUGUGAUCACAAUGUUGCCGAAUAAUGAUAUUGUCUGGAAGGCAUACAAUGAUAUGACUGCAGAGGGUGUCAAUAAGAAUACCGUCUUCAUUGAUUCAUCCACAAUCGAUCCGAAUUUGGUGAGAGAAUUGCAGAAAUUCAUUAGCGCUAAGGGUGCACGUUUCAUUGAUGCGCCCGUUUCGGGUGGUGUACCUGGCGCGGAGCAAGCGACUUUGACCUUCAUGGUUGGUGGCACACAAGCGGAGUAUGAUGCCGUGAAACCCAUUCUGGAGGGUAUGGGCAAACGCAUCACAUACUGUGGCAGCUAUGGCAUGGGACAGGCGGCGAAGUUGUGCAACAACAUGAUGUUGGCCAUUUCCAUGAUUGGCACAUCGGAGGCAAUGAAUUUGGCCAUACGUCAAGGUUUGGAUCCAAAAGUAUUUGCUGAGAUUAUCAACUCAUCGACCGGUCGCUGUUGGUCAUCGGAGUUGUAUAAUCCCGUGCCCGGCAUUACACCUACCGCACCCAGUAAUAGCGACUACGCCGGUGGUUUCUCAACCGAUUUGAUCACAAAGGAUUUGGGUUUGGCAUCGGGUGUGGCGACCGCUACAAAUACACCAAUUCCGUUGGGCGCUCUUUCACAUCAAAUCUAUCGUACGCUGAAGUCGCAGGGUUUGGGUAAUAAGGAUUUCUCUGUGGUGUAUGAAUUCAUGAAAAAUGAAGCGAAUAAUUAAGCAAAAUAGUUGUGGAGAGCGUGCAGAAAGCCCCAGAGAGAGAGAAAGAGCGGGAAAUAGUAGUGCAACUAGGAAAUUAAAAUACCUGUUGAUACUAUUUACAUGCAUACAAACAAACUUAUUAAUUCUUACAGGUAUUCUUAUGUGUAUAUGAAAUGCUCAUAAUUCCUGAUGCGACAUUUACAUAUACUUUGAGCCAGACUUGCAUUUAU